AUGGAGAAUCCACUUCUGUAUGUUCUUUCGAACGUCCCCAGAUUCGUGCAUCACAUCGUCCGGAACUCCAGGGCCAUUCCAGGGUCAGCAUUUGCGUGGUCAGCGCUUCAGCUGUGCGCAGUAGCAGCAGGAGUGUCGAUUGGCGUUGAGAAUGGCUUGGGUGGUGCGCUCCUGCAGUACGCGUUCGUGCCAGCUCUGGUCGCGGUGCCGCUACUCGGCGUCGUCUUCGAGUACGUGCCACACGCUUCCAACAGAGCGGCACGCAAGGACGAUCUAUACGGGUGCACGGGCAUUGUCGGUGGAGUGUUCACGCGGGGGAGUGGACCCAGCACUCGCGUAUCAACUUUGCUGCUGUGCGGGCAGAACUACCACGCAAUCCACCACUUGUACCCCUCGGUGCCAUUCUACGCCUACGGAGAUAUUUGGAGGAGCCACCAGAGCGCAUUCUUGCACGCAGGCGUUCCGAUGCUUUCCCUCAGGGAGUGCUUUCAACCGAGGCGGCAUUGGGGCUGA